AUGGAUUCUUCUACGAAAGGCCCAUUCUGGGGCCUCCAGACAUCCUAUCUCAACUUCUGUGAAGAGGUACUCCCGGACUCCCGGACUCCCGGAGCAAUCCCGCUCAUUUACGGAAUUUACGGUCUGGUGAAGCUCCGCCGAAAGCGCCAUGCGAGUCUUGGCCGCUCAAUCCCCUACUUUGGUCUGAUGGGCGUGGGCGUCUGCUCGGCCGGCUACCAUAUGACCCUGAAAUAUCACACCCAAAUGUCGGAUGAGUUAUCAAUGCAUCUACUCACCACACCUCUUGUCUACCGCAUUUUUACUAUCCAGACUAGCCCGCAGCAUACUAGACUCAUAGGCAUCCUCCUCCUCAUUGAGUUUACUGUUGUGAUGGUUGUUCACAUGGUCAUGGACGAGUUUAUUCUCCAUGCUGUGGCCUUCGGCUUGAGCGUCCUUUUGAUCGCGACACGGACAAUCAAACUGGUCUCCCGGCGGAUCCCGGAUCCUUUGACUCGGAAGAAUAUUCGAAAUAUCGGCCUCUUUGGCUGCUGUAGCUUUCUCUUCGGUUACCUGGUCUGGCUGAUUGACGAGUUGGCUUGCAUCCCCCUGAUCCGCAUCAGACACUCGGUCGGCGUUCCCUUGGCAUUUCUGUUCGAACUGCAUGGGUGGUGGCAUGUCUUCACCGCAAUUGGUGGGUAUAUCGCGGUGGAGGUUGUGGACAUGAUCACAUCGGGUGAGGUUCACAAGGAUCCGACGGAAGAGCUUGCUUGGCCGAUUGCCCUUGUGGCAAGAUCUCUUGGGGGAGCACCAGGGACCACGAAAUCGAUAUGA